CGGAGCCUGACAGGGGCACGUGAUUUGCCGGCUACUGGUGUGCCGGGCCCGGACCACAGUGUGUCAGCUCCUGUCCGCAGCCUAACGGGACGAGUGCCGGGGCCACUGUCGGGAGGGAGCUUAGGAGGGAUCGUAGGACAUCUACUGAGGAGCUGCCAUGUCUGGGAAUACUGCUUCUUCAUCACAACAGAACAACAACAGCUAUGAAACCAAGGCCUCCAGUCUUCGAAUGUCAGAGAAGAAAUGUUCGUGGGCAUCUUACAUGACCAACUCCCCAACUCUCAUCGUUAUGAUUGGCUUGCCAGCCCGAGGCAAAACCUAUGUAUCCAAGAAACUCACACGGUACCUCAACUGGAUUGGGGUGCCCACCAAAGUGUUUAAUCUUGGGGUAUAUCGGCGUGAAGCAGUCAAGUCCUAUAAGUCCUACGACUUCUUCCGGCAUGACAAUGAGGAGGCCAUGAAGAUCCGCAAACAGUGUGCUCUGGUGGCGCUGGAAGAUGUGAAGGCGUAUCUCACUGAGGAGAGCGGGCAGAUCGCGGUGUUCGAUGCCACCAAUACCACUAGGGAGAGAAGGGACAUGAUUCUGAGCUUUGCCAAGGAGAACUCCUUCAAGGUGUUCUUUGUGGAAUCCGUCUGCGAUGAUCCUGAUGUCAUUGCUGCCAACAUCCUGGAGGUAAAGGUGUCGAGCCCUGACUACCCUGAAAGGAACAGGGAGAAUGUGAUGGAGGACUUCCUAAAGAGAAUUGAGUGCUACAAAGUCACCUAUCAACCCCUUGACCCAGACAACUAUGACAAGGAUCUCUCUUUCAUCAAGGUGAUAAAUGUGGGCCAGCGAUUUUUAGUCAACAGAGUCCAGGACUACAUCCAGAGCAAGAUAGUCUACUACCUCAUGAAUAUCCACGUGCAGCCUCGCACCAUUUACCUUUGCCGGCAUGGAGAAAGCGAGUUCAACCUCUUGGGGAAGAUUGGGGGUGACUCUGGCCUCUCGGUGCGGGGAAAACAGUUUGCCCAGGCUCUAAGGAAGUUUCUGGAGGAACAGGAGAUAGCAGACCUCAAAGUGUGGACAAGCCAGCUAAAGAGGACUAUCCAAACCGCCGAAUCCCUGGGUGUGACCUAUGAGCAGUGGAAGAUUCUGAAUGAGAUCGAUGCUGGCGUGUGUGAGGAGAUGACCUAUGCGCAGAUUGAGAAGCAGUACCCAGACGAGUUCGCGCUUCGAGAUCAAGAGAAAUACCUGUACCGGUACCCUGGUGGGGAGUCGUACCAGGACCUGGUACAGCGGCUGGAGCCUGUCAUCAUGGAGCUGGAGCGUCAGGGCAACGUCCUCGUCAUCUCCCACCAGGCUGUCAUGCGCUGCCUGCUGGCCUACUUCUUGGAUAAGGGUGCAGAUGAGCUACCAUAUUUGAGGUGUCCCCUUCAUACCAUCUUCAAACUUACUCCUGUGGCCUACGGAUGUAAAGUGGAAACCAUAAAACUCAAUGUGGAGGCUGUGAACACGCACCGUGACAAGCCAACCAACAACUUCCCCAAGAACCAAACCCCUGUAAGGAUGAGAAGGAACAGCUUUACGCCUCUGUCCAGUUCGAAUACAAUAAGGCGUCCAAGAAAUUACAGUGUUGGGAGCCGGCCCCUCAAGCCCCUCAGCCCUCUCCGUGCCCUGGACACGCAAGAAGGGGCCGACCAGCCGAAGACCCAAGUCAGCAUUCCGGAUUUCCUGCAGCUUCUACCUCCUAUCUUGGGUGUAUAGCUUAGUGCCCGGUCCAACGUGGUUACAAAGGCAGAGACGGGGUUGGCUGUGCACAGGCACUCUUCAGCGUCCCUCACACCGCUUUGCUGAUGAUGUAAAGGUUGAAGCCAGACCCCUCCAGGAUCUACUACAAGGCUGUUGAUGGCAGCCCCACGGGGGCUCUAUCAGGAAGUUAAGCUGGGUUUGGACAUUUGAGGCCACCAAAAUGAGGCCUGGAAAAAACAUUACAUUUCUUCCCCUCAUGCCUAAUGGGAAUACGUGUUACACGGGAAAACUUAAGUGCCCUGUGCCUCAAAACAUCUAACAGCCCAACCCGAUCAGUUCGUAUGAUCUCUUUGCUGGGUGUGACCCCAGUUGGCCAGUCUUGUUCCUUUUCGGCCUUUAACUUCCUACCUGCGAUUGUAUCCCUGGCUGCCUGUUCUUUUCUGGAACGCAAAUGGCACCUCUUCAGACUUGUUUCCGAGUGAGAGGGCUGCACUACCACGAGCCUAUUCUGUGCUGUAAGAGCUGGUCUCUGCGUCCGUUCCAGCGAGCAGGCUAGAGGACCUUAUAUAUAUGUUAGCCGUCCCUUUUCUGUCACGUUGGAAAUGAGACAAAUUCAGCAGGUGAGUGGAGGGUAUCUGAGAAAUUCAGUCCCUGUAAUGUCUCUUCUGCGGUGGUGGAAGGGCAGCAUCAAUUGCCUUUUCACAGAGAGAAGUUUUUCCUUGUUCCAGGCCCUGUAAGGGCAGGAUCUGACUGCAAGGCUCCCCAGAAUGGGUCCCUGUCUUCAAAGUACCCUUUUCCGAAGUAGCUACUGUAUUUCCUACCUGAUGCUGCAUCCCCUCACAGCGGCAGAGGGAGGCGCCAUUCUCCAGUGGUUGGGAAUGAGGGUUGGAGAGAAAAGUAGGCGCUAUUGACAGGACCUGAAGAAGUGAAGAGGGUUCCUUGGGAAUCAACUGUACCAGGGAGUUCUUGCUUCAGACCAGGUUCAGGGGGGCAUGGCUUUCUGUGGGGUCUGUCACUAUGAUGCGGUCUCUAUGAAAGCUGCGGAUGUGGCUUUGAGAGCAGCUGGUCUUCUGAUGCCUGCCUCUUAGCUAAUUGUCUCUAGUGGGGUCUCCUGGUCAUUUAUAUAGAACACUGGGGCAAGGGGUGGGCUGGGGGAGACCCCAGUCUUUGAGGCAUCUGUCAUUUGGCUUCCUGUAAAGAUAAGCCAGGUAAUUCUCUAGAUCAGUGUGAUUCUCUGUCAAUGUGAUUUUGAUGUCAAUACUCCAAUAGAGGGAAUAGAAGCUCCAAAAGAUAAAUACCUUACAAGCAAAAUUCUUUUUUUUUUUUUUUAAAGAAUAGUAAGUUUUUUAGCUUUUUAAAUAAUUUUUCCCUUUCAUGCAGAAUACCCUCUUGCUGGGCAAGAGGGUAAGUAACAAGAAAAGAAAGAAAUGCAUUUUUUCCCCAAAUGGUUCUUUUAUACUGUGGUUGAUAUGGGGCUCCCUUACCUAAGAUGUGAUGAGCUGGGCUGCGGGCAGUUCAGCAUCCCGGAACCAGGAGCUUAUUUUAUACGCACAAAGCUGCCUUCAGAAAGGCUCCUGACUCUGCUCUGUAGCCGGGGAUUUUCAUCUGGCCUCUCUGAGCAUGCGGAACUGUCACUAUUUUGUUCUUGUGCUGCGGGUUUCUUUCUGCAUCUAAACGCAGUGUCUGUUGAUGAUCAGAUAAUGUUUUUACUUAGUUAUUUAUUCAUUCAUGUGUGAUAUUUUUAAGUCCCAUGUGAGUGUUUGCAUGUGUUUGAUCAGAAUGUAAGAUAAUUGGUGUUGCUGUUUUUUGGUAGAAAUUGAGGUAGUUUGAGAUUUUUAAAUGUGAUGUCCAUAGUAUUACCUUAAAUUAAAUUUCUAAGGUCUAGGUGUCUGUCUUCUGUAAAAGGAUGGCAACGAUGUUAAGGCACGGCAGAUUUCUUUUGAGUACUCUUUUCCUCGUUGAUUUAUAAGUAUCAACCAAGAGAUGCAUUUCUCUGGAGAGAAGUUUAUCUCCUGGAUAAAUAAAAUCAUGCUAAAAUAUGUCA